GUCGUAUCUCAAUCAGAAUGCGGUCACCGUCUCAGUGCCAAGUUUAACGGCCAGUUAGCGUUUAACUGUGCCCUGGACCGCCGGCCACUAACGAACAGAUGGAGGUGGAAGUGCGGCUCACGAGGACGGGAGAGGAGCCCUGGGGCUUCAGACUCAUCGGGGGCACCGAUUUCAACAUGCCCCUCACCGUCGUCAAGGUUCUACCCGACUCACCUGCAGACCUCGCCGGUAUUCGCAACGGGGAUACCGUCACCAGCAUACAGGGGGAAAGAGCGGCCACGAUGACACAUGACGGGGCUAAAGCGGCUGUGGCGGCGGCAGCGGACCGCCUCAGCCUUGGAGUGAUGCGCGGUCUCUACGACCUGACACUGGACGAUUACGACCCGAUAGACGAGCCGCUAGACCAGGACGAUUUCGACCAGCCCUCUCACCCGACUGAGGUAUUCCAAAUACAGCAAUUCGGCGACACCCCCCUCGACUCCAAAGACCCUAGCCGGUCCCGCACUGGGUCCCGGGGUAACCUCGACCGGAGGUCUCUUAGCGAAGGUCGCAAUGAUUACGAACAGAGGUCCUUAACUGAAUCCCCUUACUUCCUUAACACCAAACCUUAUAGACCUUUCUCCACUGAACCAUCCCCAAUCCCCCCUUUAGAGAAACCUAUUAUACUUAAUCCUAAUUAUCAUGAUGAAUUUAGUACAUUUGAUGAUGGCCUUGAGCCUCCUGUUGAUCUUCCUAAAGUUGAUGAAUUCGCGGGGAUCCUUAGUGAGAAAAGUAGAUAUAAACUCCCAAUUUCAAAACAAUAUGAUCCUGAUGGAACUAAGCUUAAGAGAACGAAAGAAAUAACGACAGUCACUAAGACCGUGGAAGAGAAGAUAGUAACAGAAGAGAUAGUGACUAAGGAAGUUAAAGUUACUUCGGUAGAAGAAAGAUUGAUUAAAGAGCAAAAAGAAGAGGCUAAGUUUAUGGAAAAAAUGAAGAAGGAUAUUGAUAUGGAUAAGAUAGAAUUGACUGCUACAAGCAUUGUUGAUGAGAGUAUUGAGAAAGCUGUAAUUGUAGCUGAUGAAAUUAAAAAAGAAAUUGAUCUUGAAUUGAGUGCUAUAACCUCAGAAUCUAAAACUAGCUCAUCUGACAUGGAAACUGUAGUCAUGACAACUGCUAGAAAAGAAUCUACCAAAGAGGUUAGUGAAAUGAGUGAAACUGUUAAGGAAACUAAUGAUGUUGUUGUUAAAAAGAGUGAUGUUAGUGUUGCUAAAGAGGUUGCCAAAUUUGAAAAAGAUGACAAACAAAUUAUCGUUGACGAACGUCAAGAAUUUCGGAAACAGGAGUUAGAAGAAACUAUAGAGAGUGGUAGCGUAAGAAGGAAAUCAGAGAUGUAUGAUAGAGACGUUAAAAUGGCAGAUACAAAAGUUGAAAAGACAUCUAUAGAUGAAACUAUUGAAAGUGGUAGUGUAAGAAGAAAGUCAGAAAUGUUUGAUAACGAUGUGAAAAACAUCGAUAGUAAAGUAGAAAAGAAGUUUACAGAUGAGACAAUAGAAAGUGGUAGUGUCCGAAGGAAAUCUGAAAUGUAUGAUAAAAACGUUGAAAUGAAAUCUGUAGCCGAUACAAAAAGCGAGAGAAAGCAAUCUAAAAUAAUAUCUGACCAAAAAGAUAUUAAAGCAGUGCAAUCAGCUCAAAAGCAAACAUCUGAAAUUAAAACAGAAAAAAUCUCUACAACUACGGAGAGCGUACAUAAAUCAGACGAAAGUAAAACUAAAGAGGCUAAAUAUAGUACAGCUAAAUUGCUAGCUGAACAGAGAGCUUAUACUAUUGGAUUACAAACUAUUCCUCAUAUAAGAGGUACAGUGCAAUCAAAUUAUCACUAUGAUUUAUUGCUCAAAACCUUUUUCAUACAUUUGACUGAUGUCAUGGUUGCUCUGUCCAGGUUUAUUUUAGCUGAACCUGUACUGUCUAAGCCUCUAGAAACAAAACCAGAAGUUAAAAAAGAAGUAACUGAAGUUACUCGAGUUGAUAGGAGCGUAGUUUCUGAUACGACAGUUGUACAAGAUUCUGUGAUAGAUCGUAAAAAAACUGAAAGGUUAGAAACCGAAGAUUUGCAAAUUAGAGAAAAGAAAGAGAUAGUUGAAAAAGUGGCUGACGUAAUUAAACAAGAUCACGUGAGGGAGGUAAAGCAGCAUGAAUAUACUGAUUAUGUGGAAAAGAUUCAUCAAGAAAGUGAAAAAAGGGAAAAAAACAUUUUGUCUGGUGCUGAAAUGGCACAGUUAAGUGAUAAAAAGUCGGGGGAAUUGAUAAAUAAAAUGGAUGGAGUUAUAACUGAAUUCCAGACUAAAGCUGGUUUAGAGGAAGAGAUCACAAUGCAACGAGAAAGAAGGUCAAGAAGUAGAAGCAAAGUAGACGAAGAAAUAGUGAAAGAUGCGCUUUCCAGAGUUGAUAAAACAUCUCAAGAGAUUACUGAAGUAAGAACUACCAGCAGUGUUCUAGAGUCAAGGGAGAUGAAAACAGAAACAAAACAUGAAAGUAUGAACGUUAAAAGAGAAACCAAACACGAAGCAAGUGGAGUAAGUAGUAAGGAUGGUAAAAACACAUAUAUAUCAAUAUGUGAAGCUCAUGUUUACACUAAUAAAAAUUCAAUUUUUGAUGAAACAGCAGAAAUAUCUGAAACCACCUCAGUGGAAAGUAUCAAAGAAACAAAUAUAGCAUUAGAAGCUAACGAAGCAAUGGUUACAGAGCGCGUUGCUAUAGAAUCGCAAUCUCAAAUUAAACAAGAAGCAGAAGCUGUUGUCGAACCCCAUAAAAUUUCCAGCGCCAAAACUGAGAAAGUUAUUGUCCAAGAAAAAAAAGACGUCGUUCAAGAAACUGAUGUCCAGAAAUCUUCCAUAGAGAUUGAGAGCAAUAAAGCCGCUGUUAUUGAAAAAGUAGAGACCAUACAGCCAAUCGUGGAAUUACAUGAGGAUAUUGUCGAAAAGGCUGUUAGUGUCCAAAUAAAAAAUAAAAUGGAUAUACAAGAAAUUGAGACUACUGAAUAUAUUGAUGAAUUAAACGUUGUCAAAGAAGAAUCAAUAGAAAUCACGGAGUCACACGAUAUUUCAGAAGUACAGGUCUUGGAAGAUAUUUCUGUGAAAGCUAAGGAAGAAUCCAUAAAAAUUGAGGAGAUCAAAGACGUUAUAGUAUCAAAAGAAGAAAUUGUUUCAGUAAAGGACGAAGCUAUUGCAGUUCAGGAGGUAAAAGAAAGUGUAUCUAUAACAGAAGAAGAUACCAAAGAAGUACAAGAAGUUGUUUCAGCAAAGGAAGAGGUGGUUGAGGUGGCCCAGGAUGUGAAAAUUGAAGAUACCAAAGUUACUGAAGAAAUAGCUGUCAUUCAAGGAACUACUGAAAACAGUGAAGUGAAAGACGAAUACGCUCAGUUAAAAGUUACGAAAGAAGAAAUAACGGAAUUAGAGGAAAACAUUGAAAUUGACCAAGAAAUUGAAGUUUGUAUUAAAAAGUCUGUUCAUAUUGCUGAAUCAGAGAACCAAUACCAAUUUUUCAUUUCAGAAAGUUCUAUACAGAACGCAGAAUACGUUCAAGAAUCUUCCUUUACUGCAAGAUCUACUGAAGACUCUUCUUUCUCUUCCAGCGUUGUCCAAGAAUCUACCUUCAUUGCCAGGUCUACUGAAGAUGCUAAAAAACAGCUUACUUUGGAUCUGGAUUCAAAGAUUAAAAAAUCUGACUCACAAUCUUCAGUGAAGAGCACUAUUAGUACCCCUACUCCAUCUACUGUCCCUCCCACUCCGCUCACAGAUGAGUACGUCUUCCGACUCCAAAUGCCUCUCCCCAAACUGACUGGUCCACCUGUCCCAAGAUCUCCAAGUCCUCAGGACGAGGAUCCUCAUAUUGUUAAAAAGAAUUUGGUCCCUCAUAUAGAAACUGAAAUUAUUGAGGAAGUAGUGUAUGAAACUCCGCUUCCAACCCCGCCUGAGGAUAAAUCUUCACCACCAAAGUUUACUAAACCAGGGUUGAAAGGGGGUAAUAUGAAAUACACAUUUUUCAAGGAGGAGAUAAAAGAAAUCGAAAGAAAGUCAUCACUACUAGCAUCUGCCAUCGAUCAAACUAUCAAAUCAAUUGAAGAGUACAAGGAAGAAGUAGGAUUAGAAACCAACGUUGAUAACCCUCUUGUUUACAACGGUUACGCCAAAGUUAUAGACACUAAAGUAUACAAAGAUAAACUUGACGAAGUAAAUAUCGAAAAACAAAUUGUCAAGAACACAGAAAACAUAAACAAAAUUGUGGGAGACAGAGCAAAUACUGCUGAUUCAGUUAAUAGGGUUCAGCUUAAUGGGAUGCCAGUAAAUGUAAGUGUGACCGUUGAAAAUAACGUGGCAAAUUCAGUGACUGAAGGUAGGGAAAAUAAAAUGGGAGAAUCAAUAGAAAAUAUUUGCGUAGAGGGAUAUAGACCCGUGCCUUUCAACCCCGAAGAUGCACCACAUUUGGAGAGAGUGGAAAUUAGAAUACCGGAGCCGGUUCCAACGGUAGACCCUGGCAAGGCAUUUGUAGCAGAGAAUGGCGAGAUAAUGGGUACACAUCAGGGUAUUGUAGAUGGUUUGGAAGAAGCAGUAGUGGAUGAUGAAAUAGCCAAAGACCUAGGCAAACCUGGUAUGACAGAAGAGAAGAUCGCAGCGAUAAUAUCUGGAGAAUCAGAGAUGCUUCGGGAGGCGCACGUUAUGGGCGUCGAUUUCAAGAAGAUCAAACCUAUAGUGGAAUCCCUAAAAGAUUCUGAAGUCCUCAAAGCUUUGAACGAGGAAUUUGUUAAGACUCAAGAAGAGAAAAAGAAGGAAGAAAGAAAGUGGACCAAGUUCCUGCAGAAGCCGGCGAGGCCGGUGCCUAAAGCGAAGUUUGGAUACCACGGAUGGACGGCUAAUGAUGACGAAGUAAAAGAGUCGCCUUACAAAGUGAAAAUAGUGAAACAGCCUAAACCCAAGGUAGCGCCCGAUUACAAACCGCAGGACUUCAACACGGGCCCGCUGCCGUGGGAAGAGCGUGCGGUGAACGAGCCACCCCCACCCCCGGUGGAGGCUGAACCCCCCAUCUUGAUACCCGAGGAGAAGCCGGUGUUUCUGGAGGCUAUUGAUAAUCUGCCGGAGACCGCGGUGCCGGAUUUGGAGGAGACAGGAAUCGAACUACCUCCUGAAAAGCCAAUAGAGGAACCAACACCUGAAGCAGAGUCGGUAGCUCCAAAAGAGACAGAAGUUGAAGAAGUAGAAGAGACUAAGAAGGAAGAGCCGGUUGUAGAGGAGACCAGCAACAGCGAGAGCGAGAUGGAGAACAGGAUAGCGGAACAGCUGAUGAAGAAUGUAGAGGGGAUGGUUGACCCCAACGCACCGCUGGAGCAGCAGCUGGCCCAGAUGCGCGCGCAGCUGGCGGCGCUGGCGCAGCUGCCCGGCGUCAUCCAGCAGACCCUGGAGCUGGUGACCCGCCAGCUCUGCCAGAUUACGCAGCAGGAAGCUCAGUCUCACCACAACGUGACACAAGAACAGAUGGCGAUCGAAUCUUCCGAGAUGAUUGAAGAUUCCAAUGAAACCUCUGAAACUAUAAUCGAAGACGUAACAGAAGAAAAAGACGAGACUCAAAUUGAAGAAGUCGUCGAAAAUGGCAUUAAGGAAGAGGUGAAAGAAACGAAGACGGUGGUAGAGGUCAAGCAAAUGAAAACGGAAGAGACCAAACAAACGAAGAUGGAGGAGGUUAAAAAGGUGCAGAUGACCAGGGGCGUCGAGGAAAUGGAGAAGAUGAAGAGGGAAGAGCAGGAGAUCUUGGACGAGCAGAGAAGAAUUGAGAAGCAGAAGAAGGAAUUAACGAACGAACUGCUUGACCAAGAAUAUGAAGAGAUGCUUCAGGAGACGCCCCACGAGAUAGCUCUUAGGUUUAUUAAUGAACUUUUGGGGAGUCUUCUGCUGGAUAAAGAGCCCAAACACAUGGAACAGAGGCCAUCGCUGACCACAGCCUCAGACGGACCUAAACCUAAAGGGAAAGAGAAAGUCAUGGUGCAACCUCAGCGUGAAGAGGCCAGUCAAAAGCAAAGGCCGUCCCUAACAUCUUCGAACGGACCUAAGAAGGAAGACAAACAGGAACUAAUGGCGGACCUCCAGCUAGACCAGGAGGCCAGACAGCUGAAGCAGAGGCCUACGCCGCGCGUCGGCAAGCCCAAGCCCGUCUUUGGGCCUCUCACGCCAUCUGAGAGGCCGGUGGUGUUGCCCGGAGGCCGAAAGUGGAGGAAGCCUAAAGACGCGUACAAUGACGCGUUCAUCGCCGAGACUUUGACUGCUCAGGCGGAGCUGAUACAAGGAAAAGCGCUGGGGGUGAACUUCAUGAAGUACGAAAAGCCGCCAAUCACCACGGACCACCUCAAGAACUCGGAGGUGUACAAGCUAAUCCACGGCAUGGAACAAGAACCGGUGAAGAGGGUGGAGCUACUGACACCCGUCAUCGCUGAAGCUGACUACAGAGAGCUGCCGCACAAGCUGGAGUACCUGAAGGACUCCGAAGUGUACAAGAUGAUCCAUGAUGAAGAGAAGGAGCCACUCCGAGGAGUGAAGAUGCUUCAAUACAUCAUCGCGGAGACUCGAUACCAAGAGAAAUGCCGCUCCGUCACCCCUUCUGCCGACAUGAGACGCUAAUAAUUCUGUACUCACUGGCUUUCUCUAUCUUUUUGUGUUUUGUAUUGUCCCUUUCAUUGAAUAAUUUGUACUCGUGCCGAUUUAAAAUAAAUAUACUGUUGUAACUUCGGAAA